CCAUUAGGACUGAUGUAGCUCUCAGUGUCAAUGAGAUGGCCAAAAAUAUAACAAGAGAAAAUGAACACUAUCAUUUACUUUGAGAAAUUCAGACAGCAAAAAAUGACAAAUCCACCUAUUGAACAAACUAAAUUUUACUAAUACACGCUUCCAGGUUACCGUACCAAAAAUGUUCAAUUAAGGCUCUCCUCCUCGAGGAGGUUGCGUUUGAAAGCAGUUGGAAGUCUGGAAGAGGAGUCCUUGAGCCCUUGGUGUGCCCAGCUCCAACAAAAAUCAGACAGCUCACAUCUAAGGACAUGAAUAGCUUUAGAAACAUGAUGCUCGUGCAUGUCAAUGAUAUUUUCCUAUCCUCUGCCAUUGAUUGACAUCUCCAGGUUCCUGGAAAUAAGUAAACAGAACACCAGCCAGAUUGAGAUGGACAAAAGAGAUGAGAAGUUUGGUCCUGGACGGGAAAGAUACGCACGCGGUACAGAUGCGAAGGACAGACGGAAGCAAAAUGGAAAAUUAAGUCGCAUUAAUAGAGUACAAAUAGUGAAACACAUGGUACCACAUCAUCAAGCUAGUUGAUUACACCAACAUUUUUAUCAUUCCUAAUAUGUCCUAACCAUCAUUGGUGCUUAUAAGUUUUUAGAUAGAUAGAUACGUCUUACAUGAGAUUAUCUACCAUAAAUUAUAGAGGAAAUUACUUAAAUAGGAGUAAUAACAAAGUUAAUUCCAAUUUAGGACUAUCAACGAAAUACAAGAUUCUUGGGACCAAAAUAACCAUUUUUAAUUUUUUAAAUAUUAAAAAAUUUAAAAUGCUUGCAGUAGCAUUGCCGCCGCCAGAGCCGGAGCCGCCUGCCGCCACAUCCAUGUAUGCACACCACCGCUGCCCAACAGGUGUAGCCAUCCGCCGCCGACGCCACCAUCAUACUAUCGUUACUGCCGCCAGUGGUAAAUCCGGGCCACCACUUCACCUCCAAGCACCACUGCCACCAUCACAACUCCACCGUCGUAAAUCUGUCAUUAAGUCGGCACAUUAAGCCUUGAAGAUUAGCUGACAUUAAUAUGAAGUUUUACAUAUGCCAGAAACUCAUAAAGUGAAAGAUUUAUUUUUGGAAGAACACCACAAAGUGCCAUUAUUUUAUCAAAAGUAUGAAAUUAACAAUCAAAUAUUCGAAAAAUAAUUUUUUUCAAAUGAAUAAAUUAAACACUCCACCAAAAUGGAGAAUCAAAAUACAAAGUUAGUGACAAAACAUCAAAAAAGCCGAUUUACAUAAAUAAAAAUUACCAUAAACUUGGCAAAAUCUUAUGUCAUCGUCCAAAAACUUGGAAUAUCGCAAAUCUUAAAUAAGAAAGCCGAAAUCGAAAAUAUGAAAUAAAAGUCCGAAUAUCAGCAAAAACUAAGGAAAAGAAGAAAAAGGAAAGAAGGAAGAGGAGAAUGACGAGGUGGAGGAGGAGGAGAAGAAAUCUGUCCAGCCAUAGGGUGAGGUGGAAUAGCAGUGACGAAGAUGGCUAGAUCUGCGGGGGAGAAGAUCAGAGGAGUGCGAUGGAGUUAGCGACAACGGCGGAGUAAGCGACAACGGCGGAGUAAGCGACGCCGGCGACCGGUGGAAUCAGCGGCAACAUGCGGUGAAGUUCAUAGAUCCACAUGAGAGAAGAGCAUAUGUGGAGGAGAGGAGUUGCGUGAUAAAGUAUCCAUCGAUCGAUAUGGCAAGGAGAAUGAGAGAGAAGGUAAGUACGUGCAAGGACAAAAAUGAGAUGUUAAUUUC